AUGGCUGGUCCCGUCGAUGUUCGGGAGAUCAACGGAUCUGAUCUGAUCUCUGCGCUUCAUCUUGCUCAGCAAGCACCAGCCAUUCUUGGUCAAGAAUCUGGGUCUGGGGCUACCUCAUCCAAUUCCACAAAGACUGCAGACUACUACGUACGAGUAGAGCAGCUUAUGUUGGCAUGUCUUCGGACAGGGGAUGACCAGUCAGCACAAAACUGCCUAAAUCGCCUCAGCCUCCGGUUUGGGCCUUCUAAUGAAAGGAUCAUGGGACUUCGAGGGCUGUACGAGGAGGCAACUGCCAAGGAUCACUCUGCACUAGAGAAAUGCCUGCAGGAAUACGAUAAUACCCUGUCACAGAGCCCCGUGAAUGUGCCCAUUCUCAAGCGCCGGAUAGCGUUGCUGCGCUCACUUGACCGGCCGUCGGAUGCAAUUUCGGCCCUUAUUCAACUUCUCGAUGCCAUUCCUACCGAUGCUGAAGCCUGGUGUGAACUAGCGGACUUGUAUCAAUCACAGGGGCUGGGUUCCCAGGCCAUCUUUAGCCUUGAGGAGGCUUUACUCAUUGCUCCUAACUCAUGGAAUAUACAUUCGCGUCUCGGUGAAUUGUUAUACAUCUGUGCCUCGGAGGGGGACACAUCCCGGCUUCUUGGGAGAUCGGUGCAGCACUUUAGUCGCAGUAUUGAGCUUUGUGAUGACUAUUUGCGAGGAUUCUACGGGUUGAUUCUGGCAUCGACUCGGGUGCUUGACAAUGAUUAUGCAGGCGUAUCAGGUCAAACUCCUUCCAAGAAGACCCUAGAACGUUUGAAGGCCUUUGCGCUACAAAGGUUGGGCGAUAUUGUUGAGUCACGGUCAGUCGAUGACCAGCAUUGGGCAUCCAGUCGAAGCGAGCUGAUUGCGGCCAAAGAGUUGCUGAAUCGCUUCAAGUGA